CCCCAGUGAUACCGUAGUCGUUGAAGGAUGUUUAUUUAUUGAGAAUAUAUAUUCGGGUCAAACAAAUAUUUGUUUGCCUAUCAAAGCGAAGAUAUUUGAUUGCUAGAAGUGGCCCUAAGUUUGUCUAUCGCCAGUUUGACGUUAGAAGUGUUGUGGAGAUCAUUUGGACAAUAUGACAGAGAAGUACGUUGUUCCUGAGGGAGUUCCUGUAUUUACAUCCAAACGAUGGAUUCUGGCCUACACGGCCAUCUUCGGCUUCUUCUUCCUCUACUGCGUCCGCACAAACAUCAGCGUAGCCAUCGUGUGUAUGGUGAAGUCACAGCAGAUGAACAUCACGGCCGGCGGCAACCUCACGCAGGAGAACCUCUCAGAUAUGACUAAAAGCUGUGCUAAUGAAGCAUCUAAAACUUUUGAUACAACAGAGUUUGAGUGGGACAAGUCUACACAGUCGGCCAUCUUGUCGUCGUUCUUCUAUGGCUACUUUAUCCUGCAGAUACCAGGAGGGUGGUUGGCGGGACGGUUUGGGGGAAAGAAGGUCAUUGGCUCUAUGUUUGUGGUCAAUGCCUUGACCACCCUCCUGGUGCCGGUAUGUGCAAGGUUGGACUACAGACUCGUCAUGGCGCUGAGAAUACUACUUGGUAUAUCAUCGUCUGUUACAUAUCCAGCCAUGCAGACCAUGUGGGGGGUGUGGGCCCCGCCCCUUGAGAGAAGCAGACUGGCAUCUUUUACCUACUCAGGUUCUCUGAUCGGCAACAUCUUCACGUUCUCUGCAUCCGGUCUUCUUUGUGAAUACGGCUUUGACAACGGUUGGGGGUCAAUAUUCUACAUAAUAGGCACUGGCACGUUGCUGUGGGCUGGCCUAUGGAUGUUCGUUGUUGCUGACACUCCGUCCGAACACCCGACUAUAACCAAGCUUGAGCAGCGCUACAUCAUCGACAGCAUAGGAGAUAAGGAUGGGAAGGUUCUCUCUACUCCCUGGAAGAAGCUGUUUCUGUGCCGAGCCAACUGGUCCUGUUUGGCAGCUCACUUCUGCAACAACUGGAUGCACUACACUCUCAUGACCAGCCUGCCCACGUUCAUGAAGGCCGUACUCAAGUUCGACAUCAAGACGAACGGGUUACUAUCAGCUGUUCCCUACAUCGCCAUGGUGGUGGUGUCUAUUGCUGGUGGCCACGUGGCAGACUGGCUCAGGAAGAACUAUCUCUCUACAAGAUUUGUCCGACGAUCUUUCCAAUCUAUUUCAUUUCUGGGCAGCGCGGCUUGUCUGGUCGGUGUGGGGUUUGUGACGUGUGAGAACAGAUACGUGGCCGUAGCUCUCCUCACGACGGCUGUGGGUCUGGAGGGACUGGUCAACUCAGGCUUCAUGGUCAACACCAUCGACUUCGCCCCGAGAUAUGCGGGGCUUCUCUUCGGGAUUAACAACACGAUAUCGACAAUACCAGGAAUGCUGGCGCCCCUCGUCGCCGGUGCGUUGACCCCCAAUGACACACCUGAAGAAUGGAGGAACGUGUUCUACGUAUGUGCAGGCUUGAUAUUCCUGGCAGCUCUGGUGUUCGGGUUUACUGCUCAGACCGACUUGGAGCCGUGGGCACGUGCAGCUGACUCAGAAAGCACUGUGGCUCACCCUACACCUAUCAAGAAACUCCCCGAAGAAAACGGCGUCGAACCCAAACUAAACAAAUUAUCUAUAAUUUGCAGUGAACGUCUUUGAACACACAUCGUGUUGUAAAUCUAUUCAUUAUUUUGAAUGGAGACUCGUUUUACUCGCUUACCAAAGUCAAGUCAGUCUCGAACAUAUAUCGAAUUAUCGAUCGUUCGAGACGUGUGGGAUUCUAGGAUUCAGAUAAAUGUAUGAUUUUAAUUAUAUGGAACAAUUUGCCUACGUUGACUUCGAAUAAAGCUGACAAAUAUUCAGAUCAAUAAAGCAUUAUGGGACCGGCACCAUGAAGUUACAUGUUUUACGUUAUAAACGAUAACAAAUGUUCAUAAUGUCGAAGAUUAAUGCUUCGUCCAUCAAACAACUCAUCGUCGUAACAACGUCGCUGUAUAUGAGUGAUUUCGUGUAUCAACUGUUCACUUUCUCACAAGGGAUUCCCCGUGCUAUCGUGUCAGUGCAGCGGUCUGCAACAUUUCAAACAAUGUCU